CUCGUAAAAAAACGGAUUCCUGGUCUAUGAAAAAAACCAAACAAACAAUUCCCCAACUAGUGGUUUUCAUAUUUUCCAAUAAUUUAAUUCGAUCGAAAUUAACAAUUAAAAGUUUAGACCCUAGAUGAACAUUAAUAUUAUUAUGUAUCCAGAAAACAAUUUACAAACUGCGAAAGUUAUUGAAAUGUGAAACAAAAUGAGUGAAAGAUCAAUAGCGUCUCGUCCCAGCUUAGAACAAGUUGUGGCCAUAGUUGAUUUUAUGGAAAAUCACAGAUCAUUAGCUCUCGGGAAAAUGAGAGGUUUGGAGGGGCGGGAUGAAAGCAAGAAGCUCUGGCUUAAACUCACAAGGAUUGUAAAUAAUAUAAUGGGACCUACUCGACCUAUGAAAUCUUGGAUCAAAUACUGGGCAGACAAAAAGUCUACAGUUAGAUCAAAAGUUGUGUCUGGAGGCGGUGACCCAAACAUUUUAUGUUCUAAUAUAGAGAAGAAAAUAUGGGACCUGUUUCUGGCUCCUAAAGAAGGAACUUCUAGUAAGCACAGAGUAAGAAAAAAUAAGCCAAGGAGCCGCAGUAACUCUGUGAAGGUGGAGCCGCAAUUCUCUGAAGUGCCGGUGUUCGACGACGACGAAAUUGAUCAGAACCAUGACGAAUCAGCUCUCGACUUCGACGAGCCAGCGCUCGAUUUCGACGAACCAGUGCUCGACUUUGACGACCGGCAGAUGAUCGUUAUGGAGAAGCUGGUAAAAGUGAUGUCGGAGCAAGCAGCUGCCAUGACGCAGCUAGCUCACGCGUCGCAGGUCAACGCGCAGGCGAUGGAGAGGUUAGCCGACGCUUCGCAAAUACAAGCUCGGGCGGUAGAGCGGGUCGCGAGCACGUUCGAGUCGAUAAGUGUAGCCACACACAACGUAAGCAGUGCGCUGGUCGACAUCGACGCCACUCUCAAGCGCUUCUACAACACUGCGCCCACUUAGCAUAGGUAUAUGUAAGAAUUAGUAUAAUAUCAUUGAAUGAGUGUAUGGUAUGGAUGUAUGAAUGAAUGGAUGGAUGGAUCCCGGCUCGGACGGUAGAACAGUUUGCAAGCACGUUCCAUAAGCGUGGCCACUCACAACAUGGGCAGUUAUAAUGGCUGAAUGUAUCCGGAACGAAGCUGAAAGGUCGGAUUUAGUACAAUUUGUAAAUCUCCUGAACACAGGAAUAUUGAACAGCAUUCUUGCCUUCCCGGCAUCCGAGAAGUCUGAAAAGACAAGAAUGCUAUAUAAAUUAGUAUUAAAAGGGCUAAGGCGUAGAAAUUAAGAUAAUUUUAAGUUGAGUAUCGGUUUAAUUCUACAGGGGUGAAAAAAAACGUGGGAUAUAGGUAGUGAACGAGUGAGUGGAUUAUUAAAUGAAUAGAUCCACUGAUGAAUCAGUAGGUAAAUAGACAUCUGAGCGAGAUUGGAGGGGAUCAAAUAAUGCGAAAGGAAAGAGAUGUUCGACCACAGAUGAGUGUUUGACCAUAAAUUGUGCAGUGAAUGGUUUCAUGCAUUGAUGAUACCAGACGGAACUUUCGAGUGAAUUCACACUCGAGUGAUUGUUUCAAUUUUGAUUUCAUCCUCGUUCACUUUUUAUUCAAUUUGUGUUCAGAAAAUUCGUUUCGAGUUUGAUAUCACCUAGGACAGAAGCUACCUAUGCGUAGAUGUAUAUUUAAGGAAUGAAUGAAAAGAUACUAUUUCCUUUUGUAUGAAAAAAGUAAAGACUAAAAGAAUUAGUGGAUCAGACUAAUGUAAAGGAAUGAAUUAUGAAUGAAUGGAUUUUUUAGGUUUAAACUAGCUUAGAGUAUUUUUUUAACGAACCAAUCUGUAUAGAUUAUGAAAUUUCAUAAUAAUGACAUCAUAAUGUUCCCGAUAUUCAAAAAAAAGAACAGAUUUCUUGAUACUUUUUUAUUUUUAAACACGCGUAUAUUUUACAUAUAAAUCUAUAUUAUUCACAUAAUUUUUUAUUAUUCACAUAAUUAAUUAUGUAAUUGUAGGCGACACAAAUGAAUUGUCAUUUCAUUUUAAUUUUGUAUGUAAAGUAGGUGUGUUAAUUAAUUAUUUUGGUAAACUUUUUAAACAUUGUAAAAUAUGUGAAUAGUUGAAUAUUAAAUUUUGUAUAACUAACAUUUGUAAAUGUCAAUACAACAUUUCUAGAUUUAA